AUGGGCGUCGAACCGCCGCCCCACGGCGGCCAACCCGGCGUCAACGUGCCCGAGUAUCCCUGGAUGAAGGAGAAGAAGACGGCGCGCAAGAGCAACCAGCAAGAGAACGGGCUGCCGCGGCGACUGCGCACCGCCUACACCAACACGCAGCUGCUGGAGCUGGAGAAGGAGUUCCACUUCAACAAGUACCUGUGCCGGCCGCGGCGCAUCGAGAUAGCCGCCUCGCUGGACCUCACGGAGCGGCAGGUGAAGGUGUGGUUCCAGAACCGCCGCAUGAAACACAAGCGGCAGACGCUCAGCAAGGCGGGCGGCGGCGCCGGAGGCGACAGCGACGCCGACAGCAAGGACUCCGCCUCCGGGGGCGGCGGUGGGGGUGGCGGGGGCGGCGGCAGGGGCGACAAGAAGGCCGAGAAGGCGCUGGCCGCAGCGCUGCUCGAGGACGCCGGGGGCAAAGCCGCACUUCAGUGGCAGAAUUACCAGAUGUUGGAUUUGCAGCAAGCAGUUCUCCACUCCUCCAACAGAAACACCAUAUUGCAUUUCAGCGGCAGGGUCACCAGACAUGAGGUUUGUGGCAUGCACUGCGGCAGUCGUUUGGUGUGGUCUGAGGACUCGUCCUCCGCUUCUGCAGGCGGUGCCGGCAGCUGCCAGAACUGUGACAUCGCGGCACCCGGCGCGCAGCCCUCGGGGGCGAGCAGCGUGUCCAGCUCCAUCAGCAGCGCCUUCGACAAGAUGGCCACCGAGGACGACUCGCGCUCCACCGGGUCGCCACCUGGCGGGCCGCACCAGCAGCACGCGGCGGUGAAGCAGGAGUCGGCGGCCGCCGCGGGCAAGACGCCCCCGCCGCCCACGUCGCUGCUGGUGUCCACCAAGCGGGAGACCGUCUCCGUGCUGGACUCCGCGGCGCUCACGCCCGCCUCCACGCCCAGCCCCGGGGGCGGCGGGGGCGGAGCCGGGGGAGGGGUGCCCGGGGGUGGAGCCUACGGCCGGCCGCAGACCGGGGUGCCGCCCCCCGGCGUGCUGAGGGGCGCCGUGGCCGCCGCCGCCGCUGCCCAGCCGUGCUUCAGUCCCCAGAGGCUCUACCAGGACAACAACCCUUUCCUCAGGCAAUACCCUCGACCAAACGGCAUGCAUCCGUCGCCACGGGGAACCACGUCUGGGGGCGUGAGGGCGGUAGGCAGUGGCGGGGGCGUGGUUGUGAACCUAGCCUACCAGGCCCCCCAGCCACCCCCCCAGCCGCCCCCACAGCAGCAGGCUCCCCCGCCGAUGCAGCCGCAGCAGGGCCUGCCUCACCACCAGUACCACGCUCUGCCCGCGCACCAGUCCGGCGGCGGCUACACCAGCUACAACGGCUACCAGCCGGAGGCCGCUGCCGGCUACGGGGGCUACCGCCAGCACCAGCACCAGCACCAACAGCACCAGCAGCCACCCGCGCACCACCAGCAGCACCAGCCGCAGCAGAUGGUGGCCGCCGGCUACCAGCAGCACCACCACAACUACCCCCACCACGACCAGUACACGGCGGCCGCGUACGCCGCCGGGGUCUACGCAGACGGGGGCGGGGCCUACAACCCGGAGAGCGUUCACCACCAGCACCUGGUGCACCACCAGGCUGGGCCGGAGUACUACCACGACGGCAUGCACCACCACCAUCACCACCACCACGCCCACCCGCACCAGCACCACCAGCCGCAGCAACAGCAACAGCAGCACCAGGCCGGCCCCAUCGUGGCGCAGCACCAAUCCUUUGUGCAGCAUCCCCACCACCAGCACCACCAGCUGAACCACGGGCAGCAGCAGCUCGAGUACGCCAAGCACCAGCAGCAGCACCACCACUACUACGAGCACCACCAGCACCAAGGGCACCACCUCGUGCACCAGGGGGGCGACGCUUCCACCAUCCCGUCCAAUUUCGUCUCGUCGCCUGACCCUUUCCCCUUGACCAACGCCAAUUCCAACGGCACUGUCAACGGCACCACCAACAACAACAACAACCCCGGUACACCCAACAACAACAGCAACAACGGCGGCAGCAACCAGACGACGCCCAACGGCGCGCCCCCGACACCGGCGUCGGCGUCUUCCGCAACGAUCAUGACGCCGCCCACCAGCGUCCACCCCUCGGAGGGCUCCGGAGAGAGUGGCGGCUUCGGCACUGGGGGCGGCGGAGGCGGCUUCCACCAUUUCUACAGCGAACCGCCUCCGGAGAGCAGCAACAGCUCGGCCGAUUUCAACUUCUUGAGCAACCUCGCCAAUGACUUUGCCCCCGAAUACUACCAACUGAGCUGAAGCCUAUGCUCUGCGGACUGAAGACACCGUGUGCCGAAUAUUUCUCCAGCUGCCGUACGGCGGACAGCUUCAAUAACUGGAAAACGGCAGCUGAUCCAGCAGCUUCCCCAACUUCGCCCCAGAGCAUUUCCAGCAAAGCUGAAGGUUAUGCUCUACUGAAGUUACGAGGCUGUGUGUCGGUGGUUGCCUCAACUGCCCAGUGACGAAUAGCUUUAAUUACGCAUUGAUGAUGCCACUACAGUCGUUAAUCACUCAGAAAUUGUUACGAACCCGACACGCUUUUUAGGUGAACACUACUAAACUGGACAUGGAGUUGUUUUCCCAUUGCCUUAACGAACUAGAGGGCUCCUCGCGUUUUUCAGAAUUUUACAUGUCAUCUAAACGAAAUUGAAUUAUUAGCGUGUGUGAAGCAUGCUUUUAAAAUCAAUGCAAAGGUGUCAAAAAGUUCAACAGUCGCAAAUUUUCUUUACCUGACCUCAAAUUGACCAGCGUUUUAGAACUGAACGUCGAGAUUCCGAUGCACACACACAAGCACACACACACACACACACACACACACACACACACACACACACACACACACACACACACACGGAUCUCCUCUUUCCUGUACCUCUCCGGACUGCCAUUCCGCUUUCUCAAUAAAAAAAAGGAGUAUGACUCAGUUUAAGUAUGGACAAUUUUGACACACUUUAGUGUUUCAAAAUGAACCUUUGAUACACAGGGUUCUAAUCACUGAGCUAGAAUGUCCCCAGUCAAUCGGUUUCCUUCCUCCUGGUCAUGCUGUCAAAUUACUUUGCUAUAUUUUAUCGUAGGACGCUGUUUAUUUGCUGGCAUAGAUGGCAAACGUAUGAGAAG